AUGAUUGCAAGUUCACCCGGGCCCGAUAACCAGCAUGGAGGGUUUUAUGCGCCCCUUCACUCACAAGAGCCCGAUUACAAGCGAUGUAGGCUUGGAGAACAGUCUUGGUCCGGAUCACUUGCAAUAGGAGCCUGGGAGAUUCAGGCCCUGGCUGUUGCAAGGCACAAAAACGCAUCUGGACAGGCACCACAUCUACAAGUCUCCAUGGCAGACAUGCCAAGCUCGCACAGGGGUAGUCUCUGGCAGCAGCAGCCCUCGGCUUACCCGAGUCCUCCUCAUCUACUAGAGGACAAUACCGGACGUCUCGGUUUCCCUGGACCACCUCCGCGAAGACCAUCGUCUGUCUUCUCUGGCCGCACACUCGCAGGAAGCCCAGGAUCAGUCCAGAGCGGUACAGUUUCCGCUGGUCACGCAUCACAACCUACCAGCCCAACUGUUACGUCUACCACAUCAGGCUUGAACAGCCGCUCAGGCUCGAUUAGUCCGGAAGACUCGACUCCGACAUUCGAGGAAAUUCAUAAUGUUCCACAAGUUUCCUUGGCAUCUCGAGACACAGAAAGAAAGUCUAUCCUUGAACGACUUCCGAUGGAAAUCUUCAUGCGGAUCAUGUUGCACCUUGAUUGGAAAGAACAAAUCCUGCUCAGACGUUGCAACUCCAACAUAUAUGACAUGGUCAGGCUUGAAGCAAUACCUUGGGAAACCAAGACGGCCAUUCUCUUACGCGAAGAGAACUUCAACCCAAGAAACUUCCCGAAGAAAUCACCCAAAGCCCAAGAAGGUGAUGAGCCUGCGGACCAAGACUCUGACGCUGGAUCCUGCUCUGAUAAUGAAGGGACACCUUCAAGCAAGAUCCGCAAGGCAAAGAGGCAUCAAAGGAAAGAUGUGGUCAAAAGGAAGCCUCAAACAAGAGGCAAGUCCCGCCCAGACACUCUUGACAAGUUUGCAUGCUAUUCUUGCUUCAAGAUACUUCCAGCGUGUUAUUUUGAGGGGAGGCAUCCCGAGAACAACACGAGCAGGGCUGUCAAGAGUCAGAAGAAACGGGUACACAACGACCAGGCAGAUAAAAAAGUUGAUACACGCGUCGGAUACGUGCAAGUUAUCUCAGUCAAUCCUAGCCGUCCGCCCGAAUGGCUCGUCAAAGACAAAGCGGAGGUUAGGGCUACCGAUGUCGAAACAUAUGUGACGGAAUAUAUGAAAAAGGGUGUGAACUGCGACGAUCUGCGUCUACACUACAAAGAUCUGAGCUCAGCUACGCACUGUAUCGCCCCGAUCCGAGGGGUGAAUCCAUUCUUCACGUCGUCUUCUUCGGCAACGCCACCCCACUGCCAGACGUAUCGACCGGUCUAUCAGGUCGAGGACAGCAAUUCCUCUGGCAUGGACAGCAGUGCCUACACAUAUGAGAUCUGCAUCCCGGAAAACUCUGUAAGAGACGAGAACGAGGUGCGAAGACCACACGUCGCACCAUCCACCAGGAUCUGCCAACCUCAGCAGACCACGGUCUCAACCCCAGCGCCACAGAUUAAAGAAAUCAUCGCGCUUCGGCGCUUCUGUAUUCUCUGUGGUGCAAAGUACGGGGCCUAUAGGAGAGAGUGCAACCGGAAGAUUAUCAGCAAGACGGAGAAAGGUUGGCUUGAGAGACGAUGCGACGACGUUCACGGUGGCCAGCAGCACCAUAGCCCGAUGCACCCAAGACAAGCAAUGCCGCCAUACAAGUGGAAGCUCGGUAGGCUUGAAAGGAAGCGGGCCGAGAGCUCGUCGGGAUCGGGAAGGAUGAAGUCGGCUCGGCACGGAUGGCCACAAAUGAUAUGUCUCCCCAGCCGACAACUGCCCGCGGGAACCGCUGCAGCCCUUGCCCACCCAACAAACCACUAG